CAUUCCUUCAUCACGACUGUCUUUGGUUGCAAGGAAAGAUCACGGAUGAACGAGCUUCUAUAGUAGGCAAAAAUCUUCCGUGGAGCUUAUUGUGCGCGUACGUUGGUUAGUCGUCUUUAUCGCAGCUGUACUUUCACAUAUAAUGGCUUCUAUUCUUCGACGGUCGAGCCUCCUUCUGGCCGAAAUUGCAAGCAAAUCUUCGCCAAAGGUGCUUGCUAGUGGAUGCCAGAAGCGCCACCUGAACGUACAGGAACACGUAUCGUACUCCUUUCUAAACGAAGCGGGAAUCCCGACGCCCAAAUUCGGAGUCGCGACAUCUGGAGCGGAAGCUAAAAAAAUUGCAACCGAUCUUAACACUAAAAAUCUGGUGCUGAAAGCACAGGUACUGGCCGGUGGUCGUGGCAAGGGUAGCUUCAAGAAUGGACUCAAAGGAGGCGUUCGGGUGGUGUUUUCACCACAGGAAGCGGAAGAUAUUUCGAGCAAAAUGAUUAAUCAAUUGCUCGUCACGAAGCAAACGGGUGCGGCAGGUCGUAUCUGCAACUCGGUUAUGGUGGCCGAACGCAAGUUUCCACGGCGCGAAUUCUACUUUGCCGUCAUGAUGGAGCGCGCAUUCAACGGUCCCGUGCUGAUUGCUUCGUCCCAAGGCGGUGUUAAUAUUGAAGAGGUUGCCGCAGAAAAUCCAGAUGCCAUCGUGUACGAGCCCAUCGACAUUAACAAAGGUCUGCAAAAGGAUCAAGCCAUUCAGGUUGCUAAGAAGGUAGGCCUUAACGAUAAACUGGAGGAGACGGCGAAAAUGCUCCUCAAUAUGUACGAUUUGUUCGUGAAGAAGGAUGCUCUGCUGAUUGAGAUUAACCCGUACGCGGAGGAUGCUGCUGAAACGUAUUUUGCACUCGACGCCAAAAUGCGUUUCGACGACAAUGCCGAAUUCCGUCAAAAGGAUCUGUUUGCGAAGCGUGAUUUGACGCAGGAGGACAAUAAGGAGGUCGAGGCAUCCAAGUUCGAUCUGAACUACAUCGCACUGGAUGGUUCGAUCGGAUGUCUCGUGAACGGUGCCGGUCUCGCCAUGGCCACAAUGGAUAUCAUCAAACUGCACGGUGGCGAUCCGGCCAACUUCCUUGACGUCGGUGGUGGCGCUAGCGUGAAGGCAGUGAAGGAAGCGUUCAAAAUUAUCACUUCCGACCCGAAAGUGCACGCCAUUCUGGUCAACAUUUUCGGCGGUAUUAUGCGUUGCGAUGUGAUUGCGGAAGGUAUCAUCCAGGCCACCAAGGAGCUUAACAUCAAGAUGCCCAUCAUCGUCCGGCUGCAGGGCACGAACGUGAACGAGGCAAAGGACCUCAUCAAAAAGUCGAAGCUGCGAAUUCUUCCCAAGGACGAUCUGGAUGAAGCUGCCAUGCUGUCGGUGCAUCUGGCACAGAUUGUACACCUUGCUCGUGAGGCACACCUUGACGUAAGCUUCGAGCUGCCUGACAGCUACGUUGUCUAAAUGAGCCGUGAAUGGGAGUAUCGCGCA